AUGAACGGCCCCGAUAUUGACGAAGUUAGAUAUUUUGCGGACAGAGACAUAUUCUGUGCCGGGCGAGUGUCAUCCGACGACAUGGAGCGAGUGAACAAGGCCACCGGUGCCUCGACACAGUCUACCUGCAGCGACAUCCAGGAGCACCACCUGGGCGAGUGCGGCAGUUUCGAGGAGCGCCAGAUCGGCGGCGAGCGCUUCAACAUCUUCUCCGAGUGCCCUGGAGCCAAAACAUGCACUCUGAUCCUGCGCGGUGGAGCAGAGCAGUUCAUUGCCGAAGCUGAACGCAGUCUGCACGACGCCAUCAUGAUCGUCAAGCGGGCGCUACGGAACACCAACGUCGUGGCCGGCGGCGGUGCAACCGAGAUGGACCUGUCCGGCUACAUCCACCGGUAUGCCGACGUGAACGUCCCGCACAAGCAGCAGGCCGUCGUCAAGGCGUUUGCAAAGGCCCUGGAGGUGAUCCCCCGACAGCUGUGCGACAACGCCGGCUUCGAUGCCACGGACAUUCUCAACCAACUGAGAGUCGAGCACAAGAAGGGCAACGUCUGGGCCGGCGUCGACUUUGACCGCGAGGGCGUGCGAGACAACAUGAAGGCCUUUGUCUGGGAGCCGAGUCUGGUCAAGGUCAAUGCCAUCCAGUCGGCCGUCGAGGCUGCCUGUCUCAUUCUCUCUGUCGACGAAACCAUCAAAAACGAAGAGUCUGCCCAGCCACAGGGGCCUCCCCAGGCCCUACCGCAAGGCGCCGCCCAGCGAAAGAAAAAGAAGAAACAACAAGCACGAGAAGCAGAAGAUGACGAGCUGCAUGCAUUCUUGCAUUACGGAGUACGCAUGGCACAGAUGAAGAAGAAGAAAAAACGCCUGGACUUUUCUUUGCUACCAAUAAUAGAAGACAGCAUAGGAUUUUAA